AUGUUUUACAACUCCCCUUCCCCUAUAUGGGAGAGGAAGUGGAGAUACCGGCACCGGCGACGACACACACGCGAGCAGGGAUUUCGUAGAGGCGAAGAACAGGCGUCGACAAUGCCGACGACAAUGCGGUGGGAACGGGGGGGGGCUUGACGCCAGUACCUAAAAUGCAAUGAAAAUGCCCUACGGAUGCAUGUUCCGGACCAGUUGUAUACCGGAUAUCGGCUCGACGGCAUGGGUUUCAUUUCACUAGCAUACGGUGUAUUGAUGGUGGCUUGCGUACCAGUGCCGCGCACCACGGCGUCCUCGAUGGAACGAAGCUACUUUGAGAACCACUAUGUUGACCCACCACCGGCUCCACCGAAACAUACGGAGGAUGGUCGGAACGCUUUGCGGCUGGAGUACUACAAAUGGCCGAACGGUGUUGUGCCCUACAUAAUCAGCGAGGGGUUCAGCACCCAGGAACAGGCAGCUAUUUUGGAGGCGAUGAACGUGCUGCAGCAGCAGACCUGUGUUUAUUUUAUCCCCAAAACGGCGGAACAACGUGAACACAUACGGUUCUUACGUUCUCAGUGGGGCUGUGGAUCAGCGAUCGGGUUCCGACGAGGACAAUCGGAACCACUCGAUGUCGCACUCGACGACUUCUGCCUGGAACUUUCGGGUGCAAUUCAACAUGAGCUGCUACAUGUGCUGGGUCUGUUCCACGAACAUACCCGCCCAGAUCGAGACGAGUACGUGGAAGUGUUCUGGGAUAACAUAGAACCAGAAUUCCAACAGAACUUUGUCAAGGGUUCCUGGGAUUAUAUGGAGACGUUCGGUUUACCGUACGAUUACGGUAGCUUGAUGCAUUACCCGAGCUUUGCCUUCGCCAAAGCGGGCACCUCUGUAACCAUGGUAUCCCGUUGGAACAGCAGCUAUCCGUUGGGGCAAACGGAUGGGGCAAGUUUUUAUGAUAUACAGAAAGUGCGAUACAUGUACCCGUGUCCCUGA